GGCUGGCGGGGCCGCCCUGCGACCUGCGUGCGGGCCAUGGAGCACCGCAUCGUAGGGCCCGGGCCCUACCGGGCCACCAAGCUGUGGAAUGAAACUGUGGAGCUUUUCCGUGCCAGGAUGCCCUUGAGGAAGCAUCGCUGUCGAUUCAAGAGCUACGAGCAUUGCUUCACGGCCGCCGAGGCUGUGGACUGGCUGCAUGAGCUGCUGAGGUGCAGUCAGAACUUCGGCCCAGAAGUGACUCGCAAACAGACCGUCCAGCUGCUGAAAAAGUUCCUCAAGAAUCACGUUAUUGAAGACAUCAAGGGGAAAUGGGGCCAGGAAGACUUUGAAGACAACCGUCACUUAUACAGAUUUCCUCCUUCCUCGCCUCUGAAACCAUAUCCCAAAAAGCUCCCAUACCAAAAGGAUGUUAUUAAAUUUCCAGAAUGGAAUGACCCCCCACCAGGCACUUCACAAGAGAACAUCCCAGUGCGGCCCAUUGUGAUGAAUUCUGAGAUGUGGUUCAAGCGUCAUAGCAUUGCCAUUGGAGAGGUACCAGCCUGCCGGCUGGUCUACCGCAGACAGCUGACCGAGGCCAAUGUGGAAGAGAUAUGGAAGUCUAUGACAUUAUCAUAUUUACAGAAAGUCCUUGGCUUAGAUUCCUUAGAAGAAGUUUUAGACAUCAAACUUGUCAACUCCAAGUUCAUCGUCCAUAACGUCUAUAGCGUUAGCAAGCAGGGGGUUGUUAUUCUCGAUGACAAGUCAAAAGAACUUCCUCAUUGGGUACUGUCAGCUAUGAAGUGUUUGGCAAACUGGCCCAACUGUUCAGAUUUGAAGCAACCUAUGUACUUGGGCUUUGAAAAAGAUGUAUUUAAAACAAUAGCAGAUUAUUAUGGUCGCUUGAAAGAACCACUGCUUACCUUUCACCUUUUUGAUGCCUUUGUCAGUGUAUUAGGUUUGUUACAGAAAGAGAAGAUGGCAGUAGAAGCCUUUCAGAUUUGUUGCCUCCUCCUGCCCCCAGAGAACAGGAGAAAGCUCCAGCUGCUCAUGAGGAUGGUGACAAGGAUCUGCCUAAACAAAGACAUGCCACCGCUGUGUGAUGGCUUCGGCCCUCGGACGCUGAUGGUCCAGACAUUUUCCCGGUGUAUCUUGUGUUCUAAGGAUGAAGUAGACUUAGAUGAGUUAUUAGCUGCUAGGUUGGUGACAUUUCUGAUGGACAAUUACCAGGAGAUUCUGAAAGUCCCUUUGGCUUUGCAGACGUCCAUAGAGGAGCGCGUGGCUCACCUACGAAGAGUCCAGAUAAAAUACCCAGGAGCUGAUAUGGAUGUCACAUUAUCUGCUCCUUCAUUUUGCCGUCAAAUCAGCCCUGAGGAAUUUGAAUACCAGAGAGCAUACGGCUCUCAGGAACCGCUGGCUGCCUUGCUGGAGGAAGUCAUAGUGGAUGCCAAGCUCUCCAGCAAAGAGAGGAAGAAGAAACUGAAGCAGUUUCAGAAAUCCUAUCCUGAAGUCUACCAAGAACGAUUUCCUACACCAGAGAGUGAAGCACUUCUGUUUUCUGAAAAACGCAAACAGAGACCACAGCUGUUCAUGUGGGCCCUGAAAAAGCCGUUCCAGCCAUUUCAGAGGACUCGGAGUUUCCGGAUGUGAUAUGUCCACAGCAGCAGACCUGGAGAUUUGGGGGUUGUUGCUGAUGGAGCAAGUGGUAAAAGAAAGAAACUCACAAAAUAGAAACUACUGAAAUAGAGACAAUACAGAUGAUAGGACUUUUCAAAUGUUGAGCCAUUGUCAGUAUUUUGUUAAUUUUUAAAAUAAAACUCAAUGUCAUUUUUAAAGUUGUUUAAACCAAUAAAAUUACCAGCCAAAUAGAUAGUGGUCAUUGUUGACAGGUUUG